AUGUCGGCCAGCGUUGUGCGGUCUACCGCCCUCCGAGCCGGCGGCGCCUGCGUGCGCUGUCGCAAGGGCAAAACCAAGUGCGUCUACGAAAACGGCCGCGCUCCUUGCAAGAACUGUGCCAAGGGCAUGCACGAGUGCUAUCUGCCCUCCGAGUCCAUGGCCCAUCAUCAUGGCCAGUCGCCUGCCCGUCAUACCGCCGCUCAUCGCCCUGCGCGUGAGAGCCUUCCUGCCUCGGUCCCGGCCGGCGAUGUGCGCGCCGCCAACCCGGCUUCUACAACGUCUCGUCACGUUCAGACUCCCGAGAAACUUACACCGGAGCUGAUCCAGGAAUGCGAACGCGUCAUUUCCAAGACGUACCCGGCCUGUGUUGCUUUCCACAAGCCUUCGUUCAUCCAGCAGCUCAAGAACGCCUCUCUGGACCCGGCCCUCAUCUACGCGCUGCUCACCUGCGCCGCUCGACGCUAUGGCGGGCAGUCCGGCGCGACUGGUGCUGCUGAGCAUUUUGCAGCCAAGGCCAUGGGCAUCAUCAACCAGAACCUCGACACUCCCAGCCUGGCUGAGAUUCAGGCCAUCUGCUUGAUCAUUAUCCACGAGUGGGGUUCCCGCAAUGCUGUUCGUGCCUAUAUCUACCUAGGCCAGGCCAGUCGCAUGGUCCAGAUGUACCGCAUUCUCCACAGUCACCAUGCGGCCGUCAGUGAUGCCGAUAGGUUCCUUCAGGACGAGUCGUUCCGUCGUGUGCUGUGGCUGUUGUACAUCCUCGACUGCCUGCUUACCAGCACGCCGGGCCGACAGCCGGCUUUAUCUGCCAACGACACGGCUGAUGUCUCCCUGCCGUGCUCCGACAUGAACUUUGCCUUUGGCAAUGCCGUCUAUGUCCAGACCAUCAACCUCAGCGACCCCUCUCGCAUGCCUUCUGGCUCCCGUACAGACGAGGUUGGUGAGUUUGGUCAGAUCGUCAUGGCCACUCGCAUUUGGCGCGACGUUGUCCAAAUGUUGAUGACUACGACCACCGAGACCUUCAACGAUAAUGUCUGCACUGGUCUCAUGGGCGAAAUCGAGCGCCUUCGCGCUUCUCUGUCGAUGCAGUAUGUCGACAAGCCGGGCCAGAUUAACCUUCACAUCACCAUGGGCUCUGGCUUCACAUAUGCCAUGCUUCACUGCAUGCUCCACUGCGCAUCCAUCUUCAUCAACCGCCGCCGCCUGCUGCAGUAUGUGACUGCACCUGGCUUCAACUUGGAGAGCUGGCGCCUGACCCCCCAGUGCCACGAUAUCAUUGAUAGGCUCUUUACGUCGUGCCACAGCACCAUCGCCAUGCUCACUGCUCUCGAGACUGGCUUUGACAAGGAGGGCAUCAUCUGCUUCCCCAUCUUCAUGCUGUUCUCGUCCUUCACUGCCAGUGCCACCGUGGCCUAUCUGUCUCUGAAGGGCCUGACCCCUCCCAACGCGGUUGAGACUGCCGGGCAUAUUGUGCGCGACGGCCUCCACUUCAUGCAGGAUGGGGUUGACACCUGGCCUCUGAUCAGCUCCUGGCUGCGUCACCUUGCCGUUAUGCAUAGAGUGCUCGGCAACGAUGCUGUCGCUGGCAGCCCCAGUGUCGCAGGUACUUCUGUUCCUCCCACCAGUGCCCCGCCUGCCGAUCAGGCCUCUGUUAAGGACGAAGCCGCCUCGAACCCAGAUACCAACCCCGACGCGAUGGACUACGACCAGACCUCCAACUCCAACGCUGGCACUGGAGCUACCGUCCCCCCCGCUCCUGCCACCAACAACCACACUGCCUCUGUGAGCGAGAGUGGCCGUGAGAGCGGUCGCGAAAGUGAGCCUCCUGCGCCUCUGCCUCGCCGCCCCGGUGUCACCACUAUCAACGGUGGCUCCGGUGGUGUUGGUACCCCGGCUUCCGUCAGCCCCCCUCCUCCUCAGCCGGCCGAGAUCAAGCAGUCCACCGAGAUGCUUCCCCAGCCUCCUAUUGGCAAUGGCGUGGCGUCUGCCGAGCCUGCUGCUCCUGUGCCCCAGGACAUGACGGCUAGCGAACUCUGCUCCGCAUUCGAGCGACAGCUGCUCGAGCUUGACGACCUUGCUGCCUUCAUGGGUGGUGGAGUUUGA